GGGCUGCGGGCGGCCGGGCUCACAAGCGCGGCGGCUGCGGAGCGAGCAGUGGCGGCGGCGGCGGCGGCUCCUGCAUGCGCGGGGCAGAGCCUGCAGCGUGAUCGGGAGCCCGGGCAGGGCGGCCAGCAUGCGGCCCCGCGAUGUCUGAGGCUGGCGGGGGCAGCGCCGCGACCAGUCCGCGUCCCGGGAGCGCGGCCACAGGAAUGAUUGCUGCGUGGGGCGCCUUCUUCUGUGUGUACCUGGUGGGGACCGUCGGCAGCCGCCCGGCGGCCACGCUGCCCGGCUCGGACCCGGAGGACAGGAGCACCCGCAAGCCCACGGAAUAUCUAAGGAGCGAGACUGCCUUUCUGGAAGAAUUGGUGUUUGGAAGUGGAGAUACCAUUGAACUUUCCUGUAAUACCCAGGGCUCUUCUAUGUCUGUUUUCUGGUUUAAAGAUGGUAUUGGGAUUGCACCUACCAACAGAACUCACAUUGGACAAAAACUGUUGAAGAUAAUUAACGUGUCAUACGAUGAUUCUGGGCUGUACAGUUGCAAGCCAAGACAAUCCAGCGAGGUCCUGGGUAACUUUACAGUCAGAGUAACAGAUUCUCCAUCGUCAGGCGAUGAUGAAGAUGAUGAUGAUGAGUCUGAAGAUACAGGUGCUCCUUAUUGGACCCGGCCAGAAAGGAUGGAGAAGAAGCUGCUGGCUGUGCCCGCGGCCAAUACCGUUCGCUUCCGCUGCCCGGCGGCAGGGAACCCCACUCCAUCCAUCUACUGGCUGAAAAAUGGCAAAGAGUUCAAGGGAGAACAUCGCAUCGGAGGCAUCAAAUUACGCCAUCAGCAGUGGAGUCUUGUCAUGGAGAGCGUGGUCCCAUCCGACCGGGGGAAUUAUACGUGUGUUGUGGAGAACAAGUACGGCAGCAUUAGGCACACUUACCAGCUAGAUGUGUUAGAAAGGUCACCCCACCGGCCUAUCCUCCAAGCAGGACUGCCUGCCAACCAGACCGUGGUAGUAGGAAGCGAUGUUGAAUUCCACUGCAAAGUAUACAGCGAUGCCCAACCUCACAUCCAGUGGUUGAAACAUGUGGAAUUCAAUGGCAGUAAAUAUGGACCUGAUGGGACUCCUUAUGUCACAGUGCUAAAGUCUUGGAUCAGUAAAAACGCUGAAGCCGAUGCUAACCUAAAUCUGUUCAAUGUGACAGAACAAGAUGAAGGAGAAUAUCUGUGUAGAGCCAACAAUUUCGUAGGCAUAGCCGAAAAACCAUUUUGGCUCCACAUUCGCAAACCAAAACCAGCUGAAGAGAUAGCGGAAGUGGACAUUGGCUCUGUUUAUGCUGGCGUCCUCAGCUAUGGGACUGGCUCUGUGCUCUUCAUCCUGGCACUUGCCGUCGUGAUUAUUUGGAGGAUGAAGAUGCCAAACAAAAAAGCCAUGAACACCCCCACUGUACAGAAAGUCUCCAAAUUUCCUCUCAAGAGACAGCAGGUGUCACUGGAGUCAAAUUCUUCCAUGAAUUCGAAUACCCCACUGGUCAGAAUCACACGACUGUCAUCCAGCGAUGGGCCAAUGCUGGCUAACGUCUCAGAGCUUGAACUUCCUGCUGACCCCAAGUGGGAACUAAUGAGAUCUCGCCUGACUCUGGGCAAGCCUCUGGGUGAAGGUUGUUUUGGUCAAGUGGUAAUGGCAGAAGCAAUUGGGAUCGAUAAGGACAAACCAAACAAGUCCAUCACUGUAGCUGUCAAGAUGUUGAAAGAUGAUGCCACAGACAAGGACCUCUCUGAUCUGGUCUCCGAAAUGGAAAUGAUGAAAAUGAUUGGGAAACACAAAAACAUCAUUAACCUCUUAGGUGCCUGCACGCAGGAUGGCCCACUCUACGUUUUGGUAGAAUACGCAUCGAAAGGGAAUCUGCGGGAAUAUCUCAGGGCUCGUCGGCCACCCGGCAUGGAUUAUUCCUUUGAUACCUGCAAACUGCCAGAGGAACAGUUAACAUUUAAAGAUCUGGUUUCAUGUGCCUAUCAGGUGGCCCGCGGCAUGGAGUACUUAGCUUCUCAGAAAUGCAUUCAUCGAGACUUGGCAGCCAGGAACGUGUUAGUCACUGAAGACAAUGUGAUGAAAAUCGCUGACUUCGGCCUAGCCAGAGAUGUUCACAACAUCGACUAUUACAAGAAAACAACCAAUGGUCGGCUGCCUGUGAAAUGGAUGGCUCCAGAAGCAUUGUUUGACCGGGUCUACACUCACCAGAGCGAUGUCUGGUCUUUUGGAGUGCUGCUCUGGGAGAUCUUUACUUUGGGUGGGUCUCCCUACCCGGGAAUUCCAGUCGAGGAACUCUUCAAACUCUUAAAAGAAGGCCAUCGCAUGGACAAGCCAGCCAACUGCACUCAUGACCUGUACAUGAUCAUGAGGGAGUGCUGGCAUGCGGUCCCAUCUCAAAGGCCAACCUUUAAGCAGCUUGUUGAAGACCUGGACCGGGUCCUCACUGUAACAUCAACUGAUGAGUACCUUGACCUAUCAGUGCCAUUUGAGCAGUAUUCUCCUGCCUGCCAGGACACACACAGCACCUGCUCCUCGGGAGAUGACUCUGUAUUUGCACAUGACCUUCUGCCAGAUGAGCCAUGUCUUCCCAAACACCAGCAGUGUAAUGGUGUCAUCAGGACAUGAUGACUCAACACACACACAGACGACAAAAAAAAACUCACGAAUGUAGACUUGGGGGAGGCCGAGGACAACGGUAGUGAAGGAUCUUUGAAAGAAACUGCUUGAUAUUUCAAGACGACUUUUGUUGUUGUUGAGCCGUAGAGGGUUGUUUUUUCUUUGUUGGGUUUUUUUCCCCAUUUGCUGUAUAAGAAGUCAAGAAGCACUGUUUGGCCUGAAGGAACUAAUCUCUUGCCAAGAUUAUAUAUAUUUUUUUUUUCCGAAAACAGAAUGUUAAGUCUAUGGGGUGCCGACCUCUUGACCUUCAGUAAUGUAUUAUUGAGUGCCAGAGUUACCGUUCUGUGCCUGCAAUACAAAGAAGAAGAAAAAAUCUUCCUUUUUAAAAAAAAAAAAAAAUGUAAAGAAUGUAGAAAUUCUUUGCUUAUGCAAUCUGUACAUGAACCUUUUUGGUGGAGCUGAAAAGCCACAUUGCCUGCAGGGAUUCAUAUAUUUAUAUAAAUAUCUAUAUUUUUGUUGUUGUUGUUGUUGAUAUGGACUUCAUGUAGAUUUACCCAACUACUUGGAAGGAAUCCUUUUCUUUUUUUUUUUCCUUUUUUUUUUUUCUUUUUUGAAAAAGAAAUAUCUAAAUAAAAUAGUUGUGUCAUCUUAGAGUUAAUGGCAGUGGCUUAGCCAUAUAGGUCAUACCAUGCUUGCACUAGAGCUGGGAGUGACUGGUAUAUACAGAAGAGCAAGUACAUUCCAAACAGAAGGGCCAAUGAAUGGAGGUGAUGUUAAACUGUUCAUUUUUAUGUGUAUGGGGAGGAAAGUGUCAAGGCUGCUGGUAUAAAGGUACCACCUUUCUCCAGGAAAUUGCUAAAUCAUAAUAUCAGGCACAGACUUAUGUCUCUGGUUGUGUAACUUCUUGCGUAUUGGGGAAUCAUGGCCCCAUGAUUUUCUGCAGGCCAUAUCUGAAUUCAGUGGUUUGCCCACGUUUCUGAAGCUAAGGAUUUGGGUACAAUUUACUUUCAUGAAAUGGAUUUGGAUUUUUUUUUUUUUGCCUUUAAAGGGUAAGUUCUAGUGAAGCAUAUACAUAUGUUCAGUAGCUCUCCCCUUUAAAGCGAGCAAGUUGCCUUCAUCUAUCUGCAGUGAUUUGGAGAGAGUAAUUACGGGUACCUGUAGGCAAGAGCCUUUAACUUAUAUCAAAAAGGUUUAUUCCAGAGAAUUGUGUACAUAUCUAUAAAUAUAUACUGUAUAUAUAUAUAAAAGAUUGUAUAAUACUAAUGCAACAAAUCAGUACUGAGAGGGAAAUCUCUCAAAAGAAGAGCAUUGCAAUCUAGGAUAUACUGAUCUGGGCAAAAGAAAAGGUUUUGUUUUAUAUCUUCACAGUUUUGUUUUAAAAAUUGUACCUUAACAUGUAUAUUUGUAAAGUUAUUUAUAGACAUUAACAUAUCUGUUCAUUGGUUUAAAUAGCAUAGUAUUACUGUAAACUUAAAAUUUCACUGAGUUUAAGUAAGUUUUUAACUUAUUAAAAUGGAGAAAAAAUAUAAUCAAGUUUUUCUUUUGUGUUUAUGGGAAAUAUUGAAAAAAUGUAUAGAUGUACAGUCCUUUAACAAAUUACAUUUAAUGUUUUUAUAUACAUACAUACAUAUGUAUAUGUAUAUGUAUUCAUUUUUUUAAAUAUUAGUUUAUCCUGGAUUGCAGUGAGCAAAGGUAAGUUUAUUUUUCAAUACAUCAUCAGUGGUUAAAUCCAAACAAAUAGGAGCAGAGAGGUGAUCUUUACUUAUUUGAAAAAAAAGAUAGGGCCAAGAAUUCUUCCAUCAAUUUAACCACUGUUCAUUAAGGGGGCGUGGGUGUUUAUUUUUCUAUUUUCGAAUGAAGGUAUUCUUUGUGGUUGACUUAAUAACAAGUAUGCAGCAAAGCUAAAUGUUGACUUUGGAUGAUGCACGUUUUUUUUCUUCAUUUGCUGGUACCUUUCCAUUUUGGGGUCUAAGAAAUUACAUGUGGGCGAAAUAGCAAGAGGAGCAACAUUCUGUCUAGGGGAGCUGAAAUGACUGCAUUUUUCUCUUGCAUCUAAUAUAUGUUGAACAAUGCCAAUAAUAUCUAAUUUGCUACAUUGAAAACUGUAGGCGACUUAUGUCCCUGUGUGCCAAACAAACUGCUUCAAAGCACAGAAGCAGGGGGAAAUAUAGUUUGGAGCUAGCAGGCAAUGGCAGAUAUUUUUAUGAGAACAUUUUACCUGCUACCAUGAAGAGGCAAUAUAGUAAUUGCACCCUGAUAUUUUUUUUUUUUUUUCCUGGACAUACUACAUAUCAAUGAUUUAAAAUGACAGGGUGGCUGCAUUUCAUGUUAGCAUUUUUUUUUCUUGGAGCCACAAAGUUUUGGUCAUAAAAGAAAUAAUUUAUAGUUUGAGGUUACUUCAAUGGAAGUUUGAGGUAGAUUUCUAUAGGUUUUGGUUUUUGAGAUUUUAAAGAGAAAAAAAAUGUUGGUAUUUUCUUACAGAGGUUUGCUAAUUGCAUACAUUCCCAGUACCUGAAGCAUUGGUUUUCCAGUACUGAAAAAAGUACAAAACUGUGCAUGAUUUCAAAUGUUAUUAGAUAUUAUAAAUAUAUAUAAUUUAUUGAGUUUUUACAAGAUGUAUCUGUUGUAGACUUGUCGACUUUUUAACAUUUCUUAUUCAAUGCUUAUAUAGUUUUAUAGCCUGGACUGUUAUCUUUAAAAGCUUAAAAAAAAAAAAAAAUAACAUUUCCAACUUUGUUACAUUUUAUACUGUUGAUGUUACAAUCCACAGAUUUGCAUAGCAUAAUUUUUUUAAUGAGCAACUCUGUUCAGUUUAUUUUAAUACUGUAUUUCUUUGCCUGGCAGCAGCAGGUGUGAAAGGUGUGAAAUGAACACUAAAUAAACCUAUUCUGCUUUUGUUAACACGGUGACUUACUUUUACCAAAAUAAUAAAAAGAAAUGACUUGUUGA